AAUUAUAAUUAAACAUGGUAUAUAAGAAGGGUAAAACACAAUAGAAAAGUUACCCUUGUGAAUUAGUUUGAAUAAAACAAAUAAGGAUCUAUAAUUCUCGAAAAUGAUGUCGAAAAUUUUGUUCCUGGCAUUUGUUGCCGCCGCUUACAGUCUACCCAUGUCCAACGAAGGUAAUGCCGAUAAAUUGGUCGACCAAUUGUUGGACGUGGUGAAGGCCAAAUACGGCGCCCAAUUGGACCCGAUGCAUUUGAAUGACUCGAUCGCCGCUUUCAGCAAGAAGAUCGGGUUCAUCACCUUCCAUGGU